GCACGCCUUACGUCACUUCCUUUCUUUCAGACAGGAAGUACUUCAGAAGGUGAAAAUUUAUUUCCUAUCAAGCUGGAGUAUUGCUCUGGAGAGAGAAGUUAUUUUGACGCAUUAUGUGUGGUGAAAUAAAAAAGAGGUUUCUGCUACUUUAUGGCACACAGCAAGGACAGUCAAAAGCAAUUUCUGAGGAAAUUGGUCAACAGGCAGAGCACCAUGGAUUUACUGCUGACAUUUAUUCACUAAAAGAUUUUAAAAAGUUUAACUUGGAAACCGAAAGAGAUCCUGUGGUUAUUGUUAUCUCUACUACUGGUACUGGGGACCCUCCAGAUGCUGCUAUUAGGUUUUUAAAGGAAAUUCAAAAUAAAGAGCACCCUGUUGAUUAUUUUGCAAAUCUGAAAUAUGCUGUAUUGGCCCUAGGUGACUCUGAGUAUACUUACUUUUGCAAUGGUGGAAAAAUCAUAGACUGGAGAUUACAGGAACUGGGAGCAAAACAUUUUUAUGAGACUGGCUAUGCCGAUGAUUGUGUAGGUUUAGAACUGGUUGUUGAUCCUUGGAUUGAAGGGCUUUGGACUGCACUGCACAGCGAAUUUAUACCCAGAACAGAGAAAAAAAAUACUGAUCAUAUGAAAAACAUGAGCACUGAGAAACCUGCUACAGAUGAAGUACCUGAAAAUCUGGAAUUACGAAUUCAAGCAAUUAAUCUUGAACACUCAGUGUUACCAAAGUAUUCACUAGCUGAAAACACUGGGUCAGAGAGUAACAGAGUUAUCAAACCUUCUCUUUUACACUCAGGAUCUUUACUUUCCCAGAGUAACCUGAAUGUGCCUGUUCUACCUUCUCCAUACCUGGAUGUGUGUGUUCUUGAAAGUGAAGGACAGAGUACAGACCUUUCCUUGCUUUAUCCAGAAGAGAAGAUUUUUAAUAUUUCUAUAAUACAAGCAAAGGAGCUGACAUCUGCAGAUGCAGUGAAGACUGUAUUAAUGCUAGAGUUGGAUAUUUCAAAUACUUCAGCAGAAUUCCAGCCUGGAGAUUCAUUUUCCAUAAUCUGUCCUAAUCCCCAUGAAGAAGUGGAGAUGCUUCUUGAGAAACUUACUUUGGCAGAAAAAAGGGACUGCCAAGUACACUUGGGUGUCAAACUUGGAACAAAAAAAAAAGGAGCAUCUGUUCCUGGCUAUAUUCCUGAAGGAUGUUCUUUGCAAUUUAUUUUCACAUGGUGCCUUGAAAUUAGAGCUGUACCAAAAAAGGCCAUGAUCCGUGCUUUGGUGGAACAUACCUCUAAUGCAGCAGAAAAACGCAGGCUACAAGAAUUGUGUAGUAAACAAGGCGGUUCUGAUUAUAACCACUUUAUUAGAGACAACAGCAUUAGCAUUUUAGACCUUCUUAAUGUGUUUCCAAGCUGCAGCCCUCCUUUAAAUCUUUUGAUUGCUACUGGAAAUACUGGAGUAAAGCAACAAAAAAUAAGUUCACCGCAGAAAGCCAUAUGUUUUUGUGAAGUACACAUUCCACAGAAUCCAAAAUUGGAGCAUCUUCCUAAAUUGCAAGCCCGACCUUAUUCAGCUGCUAGCUCUCCUUUAUAUCACCCUGGAAAAGUUCACAUUGUUUUCACUGUGGUGGAGCUUCCAACCUGUCCGGAUCGACCAGCACCUAGAAAAGGAGUGUGCACUGGUUGGCUUGCUGAACUUGUAAGCCAUAUGUAUGACACAGCAGAAUUAAAAAAAGAUUUUCCUCCAAAGAUAUCAAUUUUUGCUCGGCCAUCCACUUCCUUUCACUUACCAAGGGACCCGUCAGUACCUAUUUUAAUGGUUGGACCAGGGACAGGAAUCGCACCAUUUAUUGGAUUCCUGCAACAUAGAGAAAAGCUCAAGGAACAGAACAAGGAGAGAAUAUUUGGAGACACAUGGCUGUUUUUUGGCUGUCGCAGUCAUGAGAAUGAAUACUUGUUUAGACAGGAGCUAAGGCACUUCACUGACAGUGGUGUAUUGACACAUCUAAAGGUCUGCUUCUCUAGAGAUCCACCUAUUAAUGCUGGUGUUGUAUCACCAAAAUACGUUCAAGACUUUCUCAAAAUUUGUUCUAGUGAUAUUGCUAAAGUUUUGACGAAAGAAAAUGGGAGCAUAUAUGUGUGCGGAGAUGCAAAAAAUAUGGCUAAAGAUGUUAAUGAUGCUUUAGCCAAUAUACUAUGUAUGGAGCUUAACAUGGACAAACUGGAAGCCAUAAAUACCCUCGCUGUUUUGAGAGACCAAAAGUGUUAUUUACAGGAUGUCUGGAGUUGAAAUUAGGAAUUCAUUUACUGCUAGUAUAUUUUAUACAAUGUUAUAUUGUGUCUGGCUUUUUAAGUGCCCUCCUACAUGACACACAGCUGCAUAAUGAGCGUGUUGCGUCACUCACUCAUUAUGUGCAUGCGUGUGCACCAACAAAAAAAACGAUUGUUUUCCCUAUUAGCCCACACCACUGGUGGGGGAACAAUAUAUGGGCGACAGAUGCCCUUUAAGUGCCACAAGGUAAAAUCUUGUUUUGGAUAUAAAAAAAAAAUAGGAAAAUAACAAUAAAUAGAGAUAUUUGGAAUACA